AAGCACUCUCACGUUCCUCCAUAAGCCUCACCGAAGCGAAACUCCUCGUAUUGACUGGACCAUGGACUCGUCGAAGCGGCACGUGCAGAAGCUUCUGGUGAGCGUGAGGGCGCUGCUGGCGGUGGCGGCGAAGCGGGCGUGCAGGCUGCCGCGGAAGCUGAAGGCGGCGGAGGAGUGGAGGAUCGAACUGCGGUCGCCGAAGAAGCUUCUGAGAGGCAUAAGCGACAAAACGCUGCCGUUUAUCCCGGGGCGGGGCAAGAAGAAGCGCGAGGGCGAGGAGUGGGGCCAGGGCGGCGUGUGGCAGAAAUCGAUCUUGAUGGGCGACAAGUGCGAGCCGUUGGAUUUCUCGGGCGUAAUUUACUACGAUAGUAACGGGAAACAGGUGAACCAGAUGCCUCUCAGGUCGCCACGUGCCAGUCCCCUGCCUGAGUAUUACUUCAUCCGCCGCAGGGAGCCGGAACAGCUCCAGUACCACCACCACCACUGAACUUGCCUCGCACGUGCCUGCCUCCUUUCUAGUCGCACGUGACUUUUGCUUUUCGUUUCUCUUGUAUAGGAUUGUAUCCGAGUGUUGCUACUUGGGUUCGAGUAUGUUUAGAUUUAGAUUGCUCUAAGCUGUUUUUUUUUUUUUUUUGAAGGGUUUACUUUGUCUUCGUGAUCGUCUAGAUCGAAUUUCAUGAUAUAUGAUCAAGAAUUUUAAUUUUGUUUGAAA